CUGUGAUCAGUAUCAAUGUGAUCUGGUGCUGUGCUAGUGUGUCGUUUCGCGACGGUUAAAAUAAAUGUGUGUUGUGUUGUGAAGAGAAGAAUUAUGACAAAUUCGAUAAAAAAUAUGGAGCGAUUGCCUUGUGCAUUCGUGAAAUAACACGUAUACCAUUACGCUAGGCGAAGACCAGGCUACCAACCAAUCUUUACACGUAAAACCCACCGAGCUUGCUCGAUACAGUAGAAAGUUAACUGGUGUGAAUUGAACAUACCUUGAAACACAGAAAAUUGAAAGAGAAAAACAGUGAAUAACAGAAAACAAUAGUAAUAUGCAGCGGAUGUGUAUUAUAGAGAACAAAGAGGAGGAGCAAUUCAAGCAGCACGAGGUGCCACGCAAGGUUAACUUCACAGAGGUGGCGACCAAACAAGCAUUAGAAAUGAGGGGAACAAAAAGGGACUGGAUUUUUAGAGUUCAGGUUCAUAAGCUAGAGAAAAAUGAAGUUCUAUACGUGGUUGGUAAUAUACCUGAACUGGGUGCAUGGAAUCAUAAUCAGGCGGUUCAGAUGUCUCAAGAACCAGGCAGUCGGGAUUCACCUAUGUUCUUUGAUAAUAAUAGUGGAGAAUUCUAUAGCGACGAUGUACAUGAUAAUGCAGGAGAAAUGUUUCGUGACGAAGAUAAUGAAGAUGGACAAAUAUUUUCACAAAAGGUUGCACUUCCCAUUGAUGUUGAUAUAAAUUUUCGAUAUAUCGUUGCUGUUAUAUGUGACUCCAAUGGUACUAAAAAUUCGGCCAAGACUCUUGUUAUUCGCAGAUGGGAAACGCAUAUGAUACCACGUAUUAUCAAGAAAAACAUGCCUAGCAAUAUUACUCAGGACUCAUUGCCAGAUCCAGACACAUUUGGCUAUUAUAAUGGCUACUGCAAAAUUGAACGGGGUUGGCUAACGGACGAAACUGUGAUACAAUUUAAGCUAUUUAAUAAUCCAAUUAAAUUAUGGAAAAACCGGUUACAAAAUAGGAAGGUUCAUAUUAAAAUGACACCUGUAAAUUUAGAUAGGCACAAUUCCUUAGAGUUACAACAAUUCGGAGGAGAUUGUGUAGAUGAUAGUCUUUCUAUGGAUACACAAGAUAUUAUUGAUCAACCUGCCUUUAGUAUUACCGAAAUUGCAGUAAUGAGUGAUGAAGAGGCUCGCUUCAAGAUUCAGGAGCAAUUCGGCCGAGCUUAUCACGAAGACGACUUUAUUAUCUUCAAUGUUGCUGUUCGAUACCCUGAAAUUGUCGCAUACUUAGUGGACUACUACGUGUACAGCUCAAGGUGUUUUCCAGGAGAACCACCAAGUCAUAUCGGUUUCAGUUACAUCUUACCUAGUACACUGCAGUCUAGUGUUGGGCUCUUAACAGUACCGAUUACAAGUACAAAACAUAGACCGAUUGGACAACUUACAGUGGAAUAUGUUGUGAUAAAAUCAAUUCCGGAUUAUCCAUGGGAUACGAGCAUUUCGUACGCAAAACAUUGGGAACAACGGUGGUCUGGUUUGGAUGUGGGACACAGAGGACUGGGUACAUCUUUUCAAACGAAAAAUUGUGCUAAUGUACGUGAAAACACAGUAGCUUCUCUAAAGACUGCGUCGCAUCAUGGUGCUGACAUGGUUGAAUUUGAUGUCCAAUUAUCCAAAGAUCACAUACCUGUUAUUUACCAUGAUUUCUAUGUAUCCAUUUCGCUAAAACGUAAGAAACAAAUAGAAGCUAUGGAUAUGCUGGAAAUACCUGUCAAGGAUCUCACCUUAGAGCAGCUACACUUACUGAAGGAUUUUUAUUACCCGGGAGACUCGUUGGGUAAGGUGCUGUAUUUCGUUGAUAAAGCUGAACAGGGGCUUAGCCAAUUGGUGAGCUUUCAUACCGCUUGCGCCACCUAACUUCAGUGCCAAUUUUAUAAUCUGACAAUAUUAAACUGAAUCAUUCCGUCAUUGUAUAAAACUUUGCUACAUACAAAUGUUCUUGUAGAACUAGACCAACACGUCGGGUUUAAUAUCGAAAUUAAAUGGACUAUGCAGUUGAAGGAUGGCACGUUCGAGCUUAACCAUCCUUUCGAUCUCAAUCUGUAUUUGGACACAAUACUCAAAGUCGUGCUAGAAUAUGGAAGGAAUAGAAAAAUUGUUUUCUCGUCCUUUAACCCAGACAUUUGUGCCAUGAUUCGUCUUAAACAAAACAAAUACCCGGUAGUAUUUUUAACACAAGGCGUCACUUCGAAAUAUCCAACUUACCAUGAUCCGAGGUGUCAGACAAUACCUAUGGCUGUUAGACAUGCAUUGGCCGCUGACAUCUUAGGAAUUAACGUCCACACAGAAGAUAUUCUUAGGGAUCCAUCGCAAGUUAAGUUUGUAAAGGAUUCUGGAUUAAUCAUUUUUUGCUGGGGAGAUGAUAAUAAUGAUAAGGCUACUAUUCAACAUUUAAAGAAACUUGGAUUACACGCAGUUAUUUAUGACAAAAUUGAUGAAUAUAAUGCGAAGGAAGUGAAAGAGAGCAUAUUUCUGGUCGAUGCUAGAGAAAAUCAGAAGGCACUAAUUGCUUUAGCACAAUGCAAUCAAACAUGUUCUUCGCAACCUCAGAUUACUAGUUCACUGGACACAGAAAAGGAUUACUAUAUGGACGUCGAUAAAUCGCAAAACAUGAUUACAACCACGCCGACUACAACUUCGCUUGCAUCUUUUGGUAAGAAUAGUAUUGGUGGUGAUAGUAUGUAUCCCAUAUCAACUGUUAAAUUACCAAGUACAUGUGAUCAUCAGGAGAGCAAAGAGAUCAGUGAAAUGGCAAAAGAUUUUAGCGUUUGCGCAAAAUCCCUCGGCCAUUCGUUAAAAACUAAAAGUACCUCAGGCAUAGUUUAUGGACAAACGACAGCAUUACCAGAGAUCUACGGAGAGGAUGAAUCUGCAAAGGACUGUCUUUGAUGUUUCUCCUUUAAGAAGCCGUUCCUAUCUUGGUUUUGACACAGAAGACAUUCUCUAGGAAAAGACCUAUCACAAAGGAAAGGAGAAAAUUGCAAAAACUUGUAAUUCACAAUUUACUAUAAUAUUUUACAUAAAAGGGGUCAAAUAAUUAGAGGUUUCCCCUGCAGUUUAAGAAUCCAAAAAUAAAAUGUUGAUUCAACGGCCAUUACUUGAAAUGUACAUCGUGCAUCAAUGCACAAAAAGCUGACCGAUUGCUUUUUUCACAUAGUUUUAUCAUUCCCGCGAUUAGUCGACUUAAUUGUUCAUUUGAGAUUAUAUUUUACUUGAAACGCUACAGAAUGGCCUUUUUUAAAGAAAAAAAACGCUGAUCAAGUCCGAUUUUGGUUAUAAGAAAAAAAUUUUAACUCCUGUUACUCUGCCUGUGAUAGGUAAAUACUGGGGUUGUAAGUUUCUAGUACAAAUACCCUCAAUAUUUUCAUUUAGUUCAUAAAACAAUGUCACCCCCUCGUGUUACCUCUUUUAUUAAUUGAAAAUUAAUUUAAGAAACAAAUUAACAGUUAAGCGACAUUAAAAAUAUAUAU